CAUCGUGAAGCCGCGAGUGGGGCCGGAGACGAGCUCGGGCCAUGGCGCAUGCCGCUGGGGGCGAACAAGCUCCCGACUACGGGUGGAUUCUGAGCCUUAGGGAGGACGAGGCCAGGGCGCAGGCCUUGGACGAGCACCUCAGCACCCGCAGCUACCUGCAGGGCCACACCUUCUCGCAGGCCGACGUGGAGGCGUUCAGGCAGUUCUCGCGCCCGCCCGGGGAGCGGCACGUGCACGCGGCCCGCUGGUUCAGGCACAUAGGCGCCCUGGCCGGCGGGAGCCCUGGCCAGCCAAGUAAGGGCCGGCGUACCCAGCCUCCGUGGUUUCCUCCAGAGGGCACCGAGCCUUGUAAACUCCGCCUUUAUAACAGCCUCACUCGCAGCAAGGACGAGUUCGUGCCUCAGCAGGGGCGGAAGGUGACCUGGUACUGCUGUGGACCCACCGUGUAUGAUGCCUCCCACAUGGGCCACGCCAGGUCCUACAUCUCCUUCGACAUCCUGCGGCGCGUGCUCAGGGAUUACUUCCAGUUCGACGUCUUCUACUGCAUGAAUAUCACAGACGUGGAUGACAAGAUCAUCAAGAGGGCCCGGCAGAACUACCUCUUCGAGCAGUAUCGGGAGAAGAAGCCGCCAGCCGCCCAGCUCCUCCAAGACGUGGAGAGCGCCCUGAAGCCUUUUUCCCUCCAAUUAAAUGCGACCACCGACCCCGAUAAAAAGCAGAUGCUGGAACGCAUCCGGGACGCCGUGCAGCUGGCUGUAGAGCCCCUGGCCGAUUCGGUGCAAAGAAACGCCUCGAAAGAUGAGAUCAGCACCCGCGUGGAGGCGUUGCUGGAGAAGGCCAGGGACCCGCUGGCUGAGUGGCUCGACUCGCGCCUGGGCUCGCAGGUGACCGACAACUCCAUCUUCUCGGAGCUCCCCCAGGCCUGGGAAGCAGAAUUCCACCGAGACAUGGAGGCCCUGAACGUGCUUCCUCCGGACGUCCUGACCCGCGUCAGCGAGUACGUGCCCGAGAUCGUGAGCUUCGUGGAGAAGAUCGUGGCCAAUGGCUAUGGGUACGUGUCCAACGGCUCCGUCUACUUCGACACGGCCAGGUUCGAUGCGAGCGAGAGACACUCCUACGCCAAGCUGGUGCCCGAAGCCGUGGGCGACCAGAAGGCCCUCCAGGAGGGAGAAGGAGACCUGAGUGUCUCGGCAGACCGGCUGAGGGAGAAGCGAUCCCCGAACGACUUCGCUCUCUGGAAAGCUUCCAAGCCCGGAGAGCCGUCCUGGGAGUGCCCUUGGGGAAAGGGCCGCCCGGGCUGGCACAUCGAGUGUUCCGCCAUGGCUGGGACCAUUCUGGGAGCUUCGAUGGACAUUCACGGGGGAGGCUUCGAUCUUCGCUUCCCCCACCAUGACAAUGAGCUGGCUCAGUCGGAGGCGUACUUCGAAAACGACUGCUGGGUUCGCUACUUCCUGCACACGGGCCACCUCACCAUCGCCGGCUGUAAGAUGUCCAAGUCCCUGAAAAACUUCAUCACCAUCAAGGAUGCCUUGAAGAAGCAUUCAGCCCGCCAGCUGCGUUUGGCGUUUCUGAUGCACUCUUGGAAGGACACGCUCGAUUAUUCAAGCAACACCAUGGAGUCGGCCAUUCAGUACGAGAGAUUCAUGAACGAGUUUUUUUUAAAUGUGAAGGACAUUCUUCGGGCCCCUGCCGAGGUAACUGGCCGAUUUGAGAAGUGGGAAGAGCAGGAGCUCGAGCUGAACAGAAGCUUCUACGACAAGAAGAGGGCGGUUCACGAGGCGCUCUGUGACAACGUGGACACGCGCACCGCCCUGGAGGAGAUGCGGGCCCUAGUCAGCCAGUGCAACCUCUACAUGGCCGCCCGCAAGGCCGCCCGCAAGCGGCCCAACCGAGCCCUGCUGGAGAGCGUCGCCGCCUACCUCAGCCACCUGCUGCGGGUCUUCGGGGCCAUAGAAGGGGACGAGCCGCUCGGCUUCCCGGUCGGCGGAGACGCUUCCAGCCUGGACCUCGAGGCCGCCGUGAUGCCCUACCUGCAGGCGCUCUCAGACUUCCGAGAAGGAGUGCGGAAGAUCGCCCGGGAGAAGAAAGUCCCUGAGGUGCUGCAGCUCAGCGAUGCCCUUCGGGACGACGUCCUCCCCGAGCUCGGAGUGCGCCUGGAAGACCAUGAAGGCCUUCCUACGGUGCUCAAGCUGGUGGACAGGGACACCUUAGUGAGGGAGCGAGAGGAAAAGAAGCAGGCUGAAGAAGAGAAGAGGAGGAAGAAAGAGGAAGCUGCUCGGAAGAAGCAGGAGCAGGAGGCUGCCAAACUCGAAAAGAUGAAGAUUCCACCAAGCAAAAUGUUUCUAUCAGAAAAUAAGAAAUACUCCACAUUUGAUGAAAACGGAUUUCCCACCCAUGAUGCAGAGGGCAAAGAACUCAGCAAAGGACAAAUCAAGAAGCUAAAGAAACUGGUUGAAGUUCAGGAAAAACUCCAUAAAGAGUAUUUGCAGCUGGUUCAAAAUGGAGGCCUAAAAUGAGAAGAGAAGGCAGAUGAAUUUUCUUGAAAUAAUCCAAAGUGAAGGAGCAACUCGUCUGUGCCUACCAACAGCCAUCCAUCUCCUGAAGCCUUUGUCAUGUUGACCAUCUCUCUGGUGGCCCAGAUGAGGGAUUUGGAUGGUCCAGAUACCCCGUCAUGCAAUGUCCACUCUAGAAUUUCGAUAAUAAAAUGACCCACAGGACCCUGAAGCUGAGCCAGCUUUCCUCUCCCACAUUGCCUGUGUGGCACUCUCAGACAAUACUGCUCGGUCAGCAGCUCCCAGAUGAGGGGCCCCUCAGUGUGAUGGCUUCAGCCGACUGAGAAAACUGUUUCCUAUGCUGAUUGUUAUCCAGCUAAUCUCAGCUGUGGUCUGAGGGCAUCGACCUGAGAGAUGUUAGGAGGUGAAUAAAAUGUCCAGCAAUUGUAUAACAGAACCCACCAAGAGACCCUAAACAAAGGUUUGUCUUUUUAGUCAUGAUGAAUAAAUCCUUCACCAGUUC